CUCGUGAGUUUUCCCUGCCUCCUAUAUAUAAAGCCGGUGCUCUCCCUCCCACUGCAGUCAGUCCUCCCCUGGCCCGGCCGACAUGAGUUUCACCGUGGAGCAUCACUUCUUGGGCCCGAGCUCGUACCGCAAGGCUCGGCCCGCCUCGGUGUCCUCCAGCGGCUUCCACUCCCAGCGCCGCCGCGUCGCCUACAGCCAGCCGGCCUCCGCGGACAGCCUGGACACCUUCAACGGAGACAUGGUGCGCAGGAGCGAGAAGGAGAUCCUGCAAGCCCUGAACGACCGCUUCGCCGGCUACAUCGACAAGGUGCGAAACCUGGAGAUGCACAACCGCAACCUGGAGGCGGAGGCUGCGGCGCUGCGGCAGAGCCAGGCCGGGCGCACCUCCGCCGGGGACCACUACGAGCGGGAGCUGUGCGACCUGCGGGGUCUGCUGCAGCAGCUGACCGGGGAGAAAGCCCGCGCGGCUCUGGAGCACGAGCACCUGGAGGAGGACAUCCAGCACCUGAGGGUCCGGCUGGAGGACGAGGCGCGCAACCGGGAGGAGCUGGAGGCUGCCGCGCGCGCCAUGAAGAAGUACGUGGAGGAGUGUCGGCUCGCGCGCCUGGAGCUGGACAAGAAGCUCCGCGCCCUGGAGGAGGAGGCCGAGUUCCUGAGGAAGAACCACGAGGAAGAGGUGGCGGACCUUCUGGCGCAGAUCCACAGCGCUCAGGUGAGCUUCGACCUGCGGGACAUGCCCAAGGCGGACGUCACCAGCGCACUGCGCGAGAUCCGCGCGCAGCUGGACAGUCACGCAUCCCAAAGCGCAUCGCACGCCGAGCAGUGGUUCAAAGUGCGUGUGGACCGCCUCUCCGAAGCUGCCAGGUCUAACCAGGAUGCGAUCCGCGGCACCCAGGAGGAGAUCGCUGAAUACCGGCGUCAGCUCCAGAGCCGCUCCAUUGAGCUGGAGACCCUUCGAGGAACCAAGGAGUCACUGGAGAGGCAGCGUAUAGAGAGUGAAGACAGACACCACGACGACCUUAGCUCACUACAGGAGACGAUCAAUCAGCUGGACAAUGAGUUGAAAACCACGAAGUGGGAGAUGGCCAGCCAACUCAGAGAUUACCAGGAGCUGCUGAAUGUCAAAAUGGCUCUUGAUAUUGAAAUUGCUGCAUAUAGAAAAUUGCUGGAGGGAGAGGAGAACCGCUUCGUAUCAGGCGGAGGUACGUACUCCUACCUGGAAGGGAGGAUCUCUGCUCACUUGAAAAAGAAAGGAGAUGAAAUUUCAGACACGGUUAUCGUGGAGGAACAAACAGAUGAGACCCAGGUGACGGAGGUGACAGAGGAUGCCGAUGACGAGGAGGAAGAGGAAAAGAAAGAAGAAGCAGAGGAGGGGGAAGAAGAAGAGGAAGGUGAGGGAAACAAAGAGGAGGAGGGAGAAGGUGGGGAGGAAGAGGAAGAAAAGGGAGAGGAUGAAAAAGAGGAGGAAGAGGAAGAAAAGGGAGAAGAUGAAGAAAAGGAUGAAGAAGAAGAAGAAGGGAAAGGAAAGGAGGAGGAUGGUGAGAAGUCUCCUGAAAAAGGUGCAUCCCCUCCGAAAUCUCCUCAGCCCCAGUCUCUUUCUGUCAAAUCACCAGAAUCUAAAUCACCAGAGUCCAAAUCACCAGCGGCCAAGUCCCCGAUGCCAAAAUCUCCUGCUAAAUCUCCCGCAGUGAAAUCCCCGGCUGGAGAUGAGUCCAAAUCACCUGCCUCAAAGUCCCCAGCCAGCAAGUCCCCUGAAUCCAAAUCCCCUCCUCCCAAGACCCCCGAGUCAAAGUCCCCAGAGAAAGAGAAGGCCAAGCCGCUUGAUGCCAAAGACACCCCCAAAGAGGAGAAAAGUGAGAAUUCUCCAUCUGUUAAGGAAGACAAGAAGGCGAAAGAACAGCCUGUGAAAGAGGAGAAGAAGCAGGAGCCGAAGGAGAAAGAACCGCAGAAGGUAGAUAAACCUGACUCGAAGAAGGAGAGCAAAGCAGAUGAAGCACCGAAAAAGGACGAGUCUUCAAAACCUGCAGCACCCGGCAAGCCCGCCGAGGACAAGCCAGCCCCCAAGACCGAGCCGAAAGAGAGCCCCCCCUCUGCCAAGGAGGAGAAACCCCCCGCUCCAAAAUCAGAGAAGGGCGAGUCCGAGCCUAAAGCAGCUGCUAAAGGAGAGGCAGAGAAAAAAGACACCAAAAAGGAGGAGAAGAAGACAGAGGAGAAGCCUGCACCUCAAACCCAGCCCGAGAAGAAAGACAGCAAGAAAGAGGAGAAGAAGCCCGAGGAGAAAAAAGAGGCCAGCAAGGAAGACAGCAAAGAUGCGAAGGAGGGAGGAAAGAUGGAGAAAGCUGAGAAAUCCUCUGGCACCGAGUCCAAGGAAGGAAAGGACGACAAGGCCAAGAAGUAAGACUGAAGUCCUGUGAUUCAGAGGAGAGGAGGAGGAGAUGCCAAAGACCUGUGAGGGAGAGAGGUUGAAAAAAAAUAAAAUAAAUAAAGGUAUAAUGAGGGUAUGAGGAGCAGGAGAAAGGCGCUGAAUGGACCCUGCUGUUCUGAUGGGUCAUUCAGCAUCCAAAGCAAAGCAGGUAACAGUAUGUAAGCAAUAGAGAUUUCCGUAGCAAAUAAUCCCCUGCUCCCCAAGUAUGGCCAUUACACCCCCCCCGACGCUUUGAUGUACGACUGUAGUGAAUGCAGAAUGCUCUCAGCUCUUUAUCUGAAUGUGACAACUGCCCUCCAUUAAUAACAAGUGCAUUUAAACUGAAUCCCGCUGACGUUGAUGGCGGCUUCCUGCUGUUCCUACUGAAGCCUUUUAAGGGCAGAGAUGUCAAAAUAAUGUCAAGCUAGAGAUUGUGACUGAUAUAGCCUAUAGAGAUGUAUAUUUCAGGAGAUACAAAUGUCUAUAUUAUAUUUACAGAUACACCA